UACGAUCGCAGACAAUAGCCUAGCAGUUAGAUGUAACUCAACAGAUCCCUAAACAUUUCACCCUCGCGAUUUCGCGGGACCGCAUCGCAAAUUUUCCGGUCGUUUUGUGCUACGCGGGAACCCUAGCGAUGCAGAUAUCUACUACGAUUCGUCACUCCGCACCCUGCAUCGUCGUUCUCUUUUUCAUCUGCCUUCCCAAUCUCAGCUCCGCUGAUGAGAUCGUAGUUGAUUCCCAUCCUUCUCUUCUCCGUCUAUCCCCCGGCCGGCCGGUGGAGAACUCUCCUGGCACCCGCACCGGCGCCGUCGUCACCUGCAAUCGUGUCCACCUCCGCGGUCUCUCGAGGAUUCGCGACAUCGACAAGUUCUUCCACGCCCUUAGGAUCACUGCUUCCGUAUCCCAAGGCGAUGGUCUCUUCCGCAUUCAGACGGUCGAACUCUGCUUCCAUCGGAAUGCGUCUCUUGGGAUCGGGAUGUGCCCUGCCGGUCACUGGCGGAAGGUUACUAAUAAGGGUUCGUUCGUUCGUUCAUUAUCGCCCUUCGAGGAUUGGAUUCUUGACGUCAGGGUGCUACCGGAUCCUUCAAGGGUCGUUGAAGUGACAAGUGAGCUGGAAUUUCUGCCGCAUCGUGUGGUUUUCCUUGUUCUGGGGUUUUCCAUUAUGCUGAUGGCUGAUUAUCUGAGCGAGUCCAUUACCUUCUACUAUGGCAGCGCAAUGACCAUCGGCAUCAUACUUGUGAUACUAAUGGUUCUCUAUCAGGGUAUGAAGCUGUUGCCAACAGGUCGAAAGAGUUCACUAGCUGUGGUCAUGUACUCAUCCAUUGUUGGUGUUGCAGCAUCUCUUUUGCACCACAUUUCUGUCCUAUUGCGGGCAGCACUAGUUGAGAUAGGAAUCUAUGAGGAUAUGCAUAAACCUGUAUGUAAGUUUCUUUGUGAUUCAUUCUUAGCCUUUUUUAUUAAUGAGCAACUUCUAGAACAACUUCAAAGCUACGAUGAUCAUUUACUUUUUAUUGUGCAUCUUAUUGACAAACAGUUAUGCUUGCCCAUCAUUCAUAAUUCCAUUCUAUUGUAGUCUUAUUGUAUUUGG